CGCUUCCCCGGGCGCCCCCUCCCUCCGCCGCGGCUCCCCCCCUGCGCGGAGCGGUUGCGGCCCCCCAGCUUGGCUGCCACCGCCCCCUCCGCGCCGCGGAGCGCACGGAGCGGCGCUGCCUGCAGACGGGCUCCCUGCGGCGCUUCGGGGCGGCCCCCAGCUCGGCCCCCCGCUCCUCCGCCAUGGACGGGGCGGCUCGCCGGGGGGUGCUGGCCGCGCUGCUGGCCUGCGGGCUGCUCCUGCUGGGCGCCGCGGCCACCCCGACCCCGCCGGCCCCCGCCGGCGGCUCCCCGCAGGACACAUGCACCUCCUGCGGCUUCCGGCGGCCCGAGGAGCCGGGCAAGGUGGACGGGGAUUUCCUGGAGGCGGUGAAGAGGCACAUCCUGAGCCGGCUGCAGAUGCGGGACCGGCCCAACAUCACGCACGCCGUGCCCAAGGCGGCCAUGGUCACGGCGCUGCGCAAGCUGCACGCCGGCAAGGUGCGGGAGGACGGCCGCGUGGAGAUCCCCAGCCUGGACGGGCAGGCGAGCGCCGGGCCCCCGGCCCACGACCCCGUCUCCGAGAUCAUCAGCUUCGCCGAGACAGACGAUCUGGCCUCAUCUAGAGUCCGCCUCUAUUUCUUCAUCUCGAAUGAAGGGAACCAGAACUUGUUUGUCGUUCAAGCUAGCCUGUGGCUUUACUUGAAGCUGCUUCCAUAUGUCUUAGAGAAAGGCAGCAGGCGAAAAGUAAGAGUCAAAGUCUAUUUCCAAGACCCGGACACUAGCAACAAGUGGAAUGUGGUUGAAAAGAAAGUUGAUCUCAAAAGAAGUGGUUGGCACACUUUUCCCAUGACAGAGGCGAUCCAGGCUCUGUUUGAGAGAGGAGAAAGGAGACUGAACUUGGAUGUUCAAUGUGAGGGCUGUGAAGAGUAUUCAGUGCUGCCAAUUUAUGUGGACCCCGGGGAGGAAUCCCACCGGCCUUUUUUAGUGGUGCAAGCCCGCCUCGCCGAUAACAAACACAGGAUCCGGAAAAGAGGCCUAGAGUGCGACGGCAGGACCAAUCUAUGUUGCAGGCAACAGUUUUACAUUGACUUUAGACUCAUUGGGUGGAAUGACUGGAUCAUAGCACCAUCAGGUUACUAUGGGAAUUACUGUGAAGGGAGCUGCCCGGCCUACUUGGCCGGCGUCCCGGGGUCGGCUUCCUCCUUUCACACCGCCGUCGUGAAUCAGUACCGAAUGCGGGGGCUGAACCCGGGCACCGUGAACUCCUGUUGCAUUCCAACCAAACUUAGCACAAUGUCAAUGCUGUACUUUGAUGAUGAAUACAACAUUGUGAAAAGGGACGUUCCCAAUAUGAUUGUGGAAGAAUGUGGUUGUGCUUGAUUUAAGGUGUG